AAAAAAAAAACGGACCAUCAUCAAAGGAUGGCGAGCUUGAGCUUGAGCUUGAGCUUGAGCUUAAGCUUGAUGAAGACGAAGAAGGCACCAGAGAAGGGCAAAAACGCUGCGUUUUGCAAGAAGCAUCCGAAGCACCGUCAGUCUCCGGGGGUUUGUUCCCUCUGUCUCAACGAGAGGCUCUCUCGUCUCAUCAAAUCAGCUUCUUCUUCUUCUUCUUCUUCCUCGUCGCAACGAAGAAGAAAACAUGUAUUACUGUAUUCGUCGUCUUCUUCUCUAUCGUCUUACUGCUCUUCUUCGGCUUCUUCUUGCCCGUCUCCUAUCGAUCGACGGUACAAAUCAAAAGGGCUCUCGUGGAUGACGAAAAGCCGAUCUGUGGCACAUAAUGUAGGCGAAGAUAAGACGAAGAUGAAGAAGAAAGGAGGGUUCUUUUUCAGUUUGGUCGGUCCAAGAAGAGACAAGAGAGUGUAAUCUUUGAAAACUUACGAGGGUUUCUUUCUUUCAUUUUUUUUUUUGGGUCAUGGCUUUCGAUUCUUUGAUUAGGCAGAAGAUUAGGGUUUCAGAUUUCCCAUUUCUGUUCAUCAUUUGAUUGGACACGCAUGCAUGUACAUACACGUACGCUCAAAGACCAACGUGUUUCUCUCUUUCCAUCGAUGA